UCUGUCAGCUCAGCCCCGCCCUCCUGCUGUCUGUCCGGGGUUUGGAGGAGAGGCGAGGAGCCGCUUUCUGUGAGCCGUCGCUUCGGUAGAAUCGAGGGAGGAGAGCGGCCAACAUGACGAGCAACAUCAGGUACAAAAGCCGGAUCCCGGUUAAAACAGAGGAUAGCACAGAGGAGAAACAAUAUGUCGGUUUUGCAACUUUGCCCAACCAGGUCCACAGGAAGUCUGUGAAGAAAGGCUUCGAUUUUACGCUGAUGGUGGCAGGAGAGUCUGGUAUGGGUAAAUCCACGCUGGUCAACAGCCUGUUCCUCACAGACCUCUACAAAGACAGGAAGUUACUCAAUGCCGAGGAGCGUAUUAACCAAACCGUGGAGAUCAUCAAACACACAGUAGACAUCGAAGAGAAAGGAGUCAAGCUCAAGCUCACCAUAGUAGACACGCCGGGGUUUGGAGACGCUGUCAACAACAACGAGUGCUGGAAGCCGAUCACAGACUACAUUGAUCAGCAGUUUGAACAAUACUUCAGGGAUGAGAGCGGGCUGAACAGAAAGAACAUCCAGGACAACCGAGUCCACUGCUGCCUCUACUUUAUCCCUCCAUUUGGACACGGGCUGCGUCCGGUGGAUGUCGAGUUCAUGAAGGCUCUGCAUGAAAAGGUGAACAUAAUUCCUCUCAUCGCGAAAGCCGACUGCCUCACGCCCAACGAGAUAAAGAAGCUCAAAGACCGAAUACGAGAGGAAAUAGACAAGUUUGGGAUCAAAGUGUACCAGUUCCCUGAAUGUGACUCCGAUGAGGAUGAAGAGUUCAAACAACUUGACAAAGAGCUGAAGGAGUGCACCCCGUUCGCUGUGAUUGGCAGUAACACAGUGGUGGAAGCUCGAGGGCAGAGAGUGAGAGGGAGACUGUAUCCCUGGGGAAUUGUUGAAGUGGAAAACCAGUCGCAUUGUGACUUUGUGAAAUUGAGGAACAUGCUGAUUCGUUCGCACAUGCACGACCUCAAAGAUGUGACCUGCGACGUCCACUACGAGAACUACAGAGCACAGUGCAUACAGGAGAUGACCAGUAAACUGGCUCAGGACAACCGUAUGGAGAGUCCCAUCCCCAUCCUGCCGCUGUCCACUCCAGAUGUGGAAACUGAGAAACUAAUCAAAAUGAAAGAUGAGGAGCUGAAGAGGAUGCAGGAGAUGCUGAACAAGAUGCAGCAGCAGAUGCACGAGAAAGACCAGUGAUGACUCCCGGAGCAAAGCUGUGCUGUGGCGCCACCUGCUGUCUCUCUCCUGAACGACAAGCGAGACCUGUAGACAUUGAACGGAUAUCGUGUGUUUAGUGGCAACUCUGGCUGUACAUUUAUCUUCAGUUCGGUGCUUUGUAUAGUUUGUCUGCCUGGGAGGGUUGUUUUAUCAGAGGGUUUUUUUUCUUCUCUGAAACUAUCCGUUCACCCACUUUGAGCCCCCACCCCAUCCUCCCCCUCCUGCUGUGGUUUAACAGUCUUAACAUAUAUAAUAUAAAUGCGUAAUUUAAAUUACUACUCAGUGUAUCUAAUUUAUAAAUGCGAUGCUAAACUUUUUGGAUAUUCUGUCAGGGUAUGAACAUGUGUGCUACAAGAUGUUUUGUAAAGACAUUUAAGUUGUCUGUGAUGUUUAGAUUUGAACAAGGACAUUGUGUUUUUUAUUACGUGUUUAAGUGUGUGUGUGUGUGUGUGUGUUUUCGGGUGCAUGAGUGUGUGUUUCUUUUAUGAAUUUCCUUUGAUAUCACCAGGUAUCCGUCCAGAAAUUGUCCCAUUUGUCCUUAAAAAGGUACCGCAGUGACUUUGCUUUUGUUAAAAACCUAACCUUUGCUCUCUGAUGAUCAUAAAUACCUUCAUAAACGUUUUUUUUUGAUCAUCCUGGCAAGUCAGAAUAUCCUCUCCCAGCAUUUUUUUAUUUGCUGGCUGAGCUGAAAAUGCACUUAUCGCCAGUGGCUAACUGUGAAUGGAGAGCCUUUGCCAUAAUGAGAGGGUAGGUGCAGUACAGGGUGCAUGUGUAAGCAUGCUGCCAUUACUCAUAUCCGCUAAAUGCUGUGGGCCUAUUUUUACUGCUUUAUAGCCGAUGCCCUGUGCUUGUAUUAAAAUGCAUCAUGACCUGUGCUUUGUUGCCACUAAGGCAUGGUAAAAAACAGACGAAUAAUGAGGAGCAAAUUCUGUGUUGAUGCUUUUGUUUUAAAUAUCUCUCCUUGAAAGUGAAGAUGUGUUUUCUUGUGUGUGAGUUAAAAUAAUUUGAGUGUGUG